CAUGCCUUUGUUGCUGAUUGUAACAGUGGGUGAGGUUAAAUUUGAAAAUAUAAGUUGAAAGAUGUGGCUUAUUUUUGUUAUUUUAGUUUGGUAACGCAAUAGUUUUUUAGUUGGAAUUAAGUCUAUAAUUCCCAUUAAAAUGUUCGUUUUAGCUGAAUUUAAGGAUGUUAUCAGAACUGAUCCCUCUCUUUUUGGUUUAGACUUAUGUACGUCUAUGAAACAGUUUUUAAAUGAAAAAUUCGCGAACAAGGUAGUUGCGAAAGUGGGCCUUUGUGUUGCACUUUUUGAUGUGCUGUCCAUGGAUGAUUCCUAUAUUUUCCCUGGAGAUGGAGCAGCUCAUACUAAAGUAGAAUUUCGUUUUGUCAUAUUUCGGCCUUUCAUGGAAGAAAUCAUUGUUGGAAAAAUUAAAAAUUGUAGUAAAGAAGGUGUACAUAUUACACUAGGAUUUUUCGAUGACAUUUUUGUUCCUUCCGCAAAUUUACAACAUCCUUCACGAUUUGAUGAAGCUGAGCAGGUUUGGAUUUGGGAGUAUGAUAACAAUGGAGAUAAACACGAUUUAUUUAUGGAUCAAGGAGAACCAGUUAAAUUUAGAGUGACGGCUGAAUCAUUUGUGGAGAGUUCUCCUACCCCUUGUCCAGAUUCUGAUAAAGUAACAGAAAAACCUAACGCUGAAGUUCCAUACUCUAUAACGGGUACCAUCAAUGAACCAGGUCUUGGGCUUUUGUCAUGGUGGGAAGGAUCGUGAUAAAUCAUAAUACAAAUCUUUGUAAAUAUUUACAUUUAAUACAAUUGUACAUAAAUUGUUCGUUGUUUACUUCCUCCUUACUCUAAUAGUUAACAAUCGACACGUGUGCUAGCAGGUAAACCUGUAUAAGCUUGCUUAAAAAAUAUAUUAGCUUAAUAAAGUUUUUGUAAUUUUUUUUUCUUACAAAAAAAGCAUAUAAAUAAUACAAAAAGUUAUGUAAAAUAUUGAAUUCAGCCUCAAUUCCAUUAAGCAGUCCAUUUUAAACAUCUCGUUUCAGCGUGCGUCUUCUGACAGUUUAUGGAACAAUAUCUUGUACCACAUGUGGUACAACUGUAAGGUGCUGGGAAGCCACAAACGGCACAUAAGUGUCGUUUAGGCAAUUUUGAUGGCGGUGCAGAAACAUCGAUAAAACAUCUCUCAUCAGGUCGGCAUGCAGCUUCAUAUUCUAUCAUUUGUGGCAGAGUUCUCCUGUACCU